AUGCAGUUGCAGAGUUUAUUACCGCUAGCGCUAAUGCUAGUUGGUCAAAGUGGUUUGGCUGAUGCUAAGGUUCAUUCGGCUAAGAUUCAUAAGCAAAAGCUGUCGGAGGAGUAUUUGAGUACUUUCUACGAGCAACAUUUGUCGCAUUUGGGUCAAAAAUACCUGACGCAAUACGAAAAAGCGUACCCUGAGAUUUCUUUCUCGAGGAAACACCCAUUUUUUGCUGAGGAUAACCACGAUGUGCCAUUGACAAAUUAUUUGAAUGCUCAGUACUAUACGGAUAUCAGUUUGGGUACUCCAGCUCAGAACUUCAAAGUUAUUUUGGACACAGGCUCUUCGAACCUGUGGGUUCCUAGUGUGGACUGUGGCUCUUUGGCUUGUUUCUUGCAUUCAAAGUAUGAUCACAGUGCUUCAUCGAGUUAUAAGCCUAAUGGGACAGAUUUUGCCAUUCAGUAUGGUUCUGGAUCCCUUGAAGGUUACAUCUCUCAAGAUACUUUAAGUGUUGGAGACUUGGUCAUUCCAAAACAGGAUUUUGCUGAAGCUACCAGUGAACCAGGUUUGGCUUUUGCCUUUGGUAAAUUCGAUGGUAUCUUGGGUUUGGCUUACAACACCAUUUCUGUCGACAAGGUUGUUCCACCUUUCUAUAACGCUAUUGACCAAGAUCUGUUGGAUGAGCCUAGAUUCGCCUUCUAUUUGGGUGACAGCAGCGACUCCGAGGACUCUUCUGUCUCUGGUGGUGUGGCCACUUUUGGUGGUAUUGACAAGUCCAAAUUCAAGGGCGAAAUUAGCUGGUUACCAGUCCGCCGUAAGGCAUACUGGGAAGUUAAAUUCGAAGGGAUCGGUCUAGGCGAUGAGUUCGCCAUUCUAGACGGCCACGGAGCAGCUAUCGACACCGGUACUUCUUUGAUUACUCUGCCAUCUGGAUUGGCAGAAAUCAUCAACUCCGAAAUUGGUGCCAAGAAGGGCUGGAGCGGUCAAUACACAGUCGACUGUGAAACCAGAUCUAGUCUUCCAGAUUUAACUUUCAAUUUUAGCGGUAAGAACUACACGAUCGGCCCAUACGACUACACAUUGGAAGUCUCUGGCUCAUGUAUUUCUGCCAUCACUCCAAUGGAUUUCCCUGAACCAGUCGGUCCAUUGGCUAUCGUUGGUGACACUUUCCUACGUAGAUUCUACUCCGUCUACGAUUUGGGCAACAACGCUGUCGGUUUGGCUAAAGCCGUCUAA